ACGAAAGACAUCGUACGGCCGUCGUCGUCACUCGUCAGUCCGCCGCGUCCAGCCACGCGCCCAGCACGUCCGCCGUCGGGACCACGCACGCCGGUCGUUGUUUUGCGCGGGCGAUUCGUACGAUUUUCGAUCUGUGACAUUUUCGUUGCAAAUUUAUUUUUCUUUCCUCCACGUACGUUUUCUUUUCAUUUUUUUUUUCGUAGUAUUUCUUUCGUUAAUUUCGACCCGUUAUUAUUAUUAUUAUUAUUAUUAUUAUUACACAAAUGCAGCUAAACGGAUCAUAUUAUUGUUAGUCCGUCACGCGUAUAUUAUAAUAUAAUAUAUAUAUAUAUAUAUAUAUAUAUAUAAUUAUAUUCAUAGUUUGAUAACGUUUGAUAAAAAUUUAAAGUCCGAUCGCUAGUACUCCGACGGUACAAACGUGAUAAUAAACUCCGACGGUACCAAGAGAGAAACGUCUGGCUGAGAAGUUCGAACACUGCUUAAAGUGGGACCUGCUACGCAAUAUCAUCGCAUUAUCCAAUAUUGCAUACGAGAAUUGUUCAUGUGUUGUCGAGUACAGUAUACACACUGCAGCUGCAUGCCUUAUUACACUGGUGAUCGGCCGACCGACUGCAACUGUAGUACCAAACGACCGACGGGCACCACCUGACCACCAAUCGCCGCGUUAACCGGACCGGGUUCGGGUCGCGGUGCGAACAGUGGCCGGGAAAAGCCGUCAGCCAGCCAGACAGCCGCGCCAGCAGUCGUGCACAUCCGCAGUCGCAGCCGCCGCCGUGCUGAACCGACCGCAACUGCCGUCCCCCGCAUCGCCACCGCGACUCGUCUGGCCUGUCAGCGGCCUGUUCGCCCCGACCGCUGUACAGCCACCGCCGUCUGUCAUGCACCACCAGGUGGCCCACCCACACUGGAUCGCCGCGGCCGUGCAGCCCUGGGGACUUCCCCAGCAGCUGGCCCCGUCGCAGAAUAUGUUGGCAUUGGCCGCAAUGGCGCCAACCGCGAUGGCCCCGGCCACACCGGGCGCCGCGCCCAUCGCAUUCAUCGGACUGCACCCGCAUCACCCGCACCACCAUCACCCACACCAUCCGCACCACCCUCACCACCCACACCACCACCCGCAUCAUCUCAACGCGAUGCCGGCGCAACCGCUGCAGCCGUCGCCGCCACCGCAACACCCGAAUCACAUGGCUGGCCAUCACUCGGCCACGACGGCCGCGGCUGCCGCCUUGGCGUUACUCAAUCAGCUGCACCACCACCAUCAUCAGCAACAACAGCAACAGCAACAGCAACACGAUCUCGCACACUUGUUGCUCCAGCAGCAACAGCACCAGCAGCACCAGCAGCUCCAACACCAGCAACAGCUCACGCCACUGCCACAGCUACAGGUGCGGGUAAGAAAUUAUGAAAAUUUCGUCGUUGGAUCCCAGGAAAAUAUCACGUCAUACAUCGAGAUUCCGACCGACGAAGAGCCCAUUACAAACAAGCGUAAAUACUUGGCAGACGACCGGAGUGACUCAGGCAAAGAUUUGAAAAAAGCCAAAUUGGAAACUAAAGCACUGAAAGCGAAACGUCCCGGAUUUACCGAUGAAAGAUACAAUGAGACAUCGUACUAUAUUGAAAACGGUUUGAGAAAAGUUUACCCGUACUAUUUUACAUUCACUACAUUCACCAAAGGCAGAUGGGUAAAUCAAAAUAUACUGGACGUGUUCGCCAGGGAGUUCAGAGCGCAUCCCGCUGAAGAAUACGAACGUUGCAUUAAAUCUGGUUCGUUGACCGUAAAUUAUCAAAAAGUGGACACGCAAUACAAGUUGAAACACAACGAUCUACUGGCUAACGUGGUGCACAGACAUGAAGUGCCGGUGACCAACGAUCCAAUCACAAUCGUGCACAUGGACGACGAUAUCGUGGUAGUCAACAAGCCCGCGAGCAUUCCGGUUCAUCCGUGCGGUCGUUAUCGGCACAAUACGGUGGUGUUUGUGUUGGCCAAGGAGCACAAUCUGAGAAACCUCAGGACCAUACACCGUCUGGACCGGUUGACCAGCGGUCUGUUGAUGUUCGGCCGGACGCCUCGGUACGCCCGCAUCAUGGAGGCGCAAAUCCGCAACAGACAGGUGAACAAACAGUACGUGUGCCGGGUCGAAGGGAGAUUUCCUGAACAAACGAUUGAGUGCAAUCAUCCCAUCGAAGUGGUCAGUUACAAGAUAGGCGUGUGCAAGGUAUCCAACAAGGGUAAAAACUGUUCGACGACAUUCCAAUUGGUGGGCUACAACGAGAAGACCAACAUCAGUGUGGUCUUGUGCUUCCCGCACUCGGGACGCAUGCACCAGAUCAGGGUACACCUUCAAUACUUAGGCUUUCCCGUGAAGAACGACCCACUAUACAACCACGUAGUGUUCGGCCCAGAAAAAGGCCGCGGUGGCGUUAUCGGUAAGUCGGACGAGCAACUGAUUCACGAUUUGAUAAAUAUCCACAACGCCGAAAACUGGUUGGGCAUGGAUGGCGACUCGGAACUAAUGCCGAUAUUGAAAGAUGUAGACGUCGUUGACGAAGGAAAAAAAUCACCCGCAGGUUUCAAGAAGAGCGAAUCGAUGGUAGAACAACAGCAUCAGUUGCAGAUAAAGGGCAGACAAGCCAAUCAGCUACAGUUACAGUACGAUAAUGCACUAAACGUGUCCACGCAGACAGGACAAGACGUGCCGGACAUGGAUUUCGACGCGGAGAAGCUCACGCACGACCCUCACUGCUACGAGUGUCGGGUGAAAUUCAGGGACCCGAAACCAAAAGACCUCAUCAUGUACUUGCACGCUUGGAAAUACAGCGGGCCUGGAUGGAGUUAUGAAACGGACCUUCCAGUGUGGGCAAACGUCGAAUGGAUGGAGCCAGAAUAAAUAUGAAAUGAUUAUGGACCUAUUACAGCAACAGGGUGGGCCGGAUGAGUCAAUUGAUCGAAAAAAAAUGUUAUUGGAAACUGCUAUCAAAACUUAAAACCAUUUUAUUUUUUGGUCAACUGACUAUAUUUAUAAUAUAAUAUUGUGGUGGCCCCCCUUUGUAUAAUAUUUAAGUAUUUAUAAAUAAU